UCUUCUCCCCCCUCCCCCUUUCCCCAACUGAGAAGUUCAAAGGAACUUCUCUCUUCUUCUUCUUUAAGGCCUCUGGUUCCUCCUCCUUCACUCUACACAUCUCCUCUGUAUAAUUCUUUUUUGCAGAAGCCAUGGGAAGUCAACCUGCACCAUAUGAAAGCCCUGUUAAGGCAAGAUCUGAGAAAGAGAAGGCCAUCGAGGAGUGGCUUCCCAUCUCUGCAUCUCGGAAUGCCAAAUGGUGGUAUUCAGCCUUCCACAAUGUCACUGCUAUGGUUGGCGCUGGUGUUCUCGGUCUUCCCCAUGCCAUGUCCGAGCUUGGAUGGGGUCCUGGUGUGGUUAUCCUCAUUUUAUCCUGGGUCAUCACUCUGUACACACUAUGGCAAAUGGUUGAGAUGCAUGAAAUGGUACCAGGGAAGCGAUUCGACAGGUACCAUGAGUUGGGUCAGCAGGCUUUUGGUGAAAAACUGGGGCUAUGGAUUGUUGUUCCACAGCAACUGCUAGUGGAAAUUAGUGUAGACAUAGUAUAUAUGGUCACAGGAGGGACUUCACUGAAGAAGUUCCAUGACGUUAUUGUCCCCGACAAGAAGAUCAAGCUCACCUACUUCAUCAUGAUUUUCGGCUCUUGUCACUUUUUUCUCGCUUUCCUUCCCAACUUCAACGCCAUCUCUGGUGUCUCCUUGGCUGCAGCUAUUAUGUCGUUGAGUUAUUCCACCAUUGCUUGGACGGCUUCAGUUCACAAGGGGGUUCAAGAAAAUGUUGACUAUUCCUACAUAGCCUCCACCACAACAGGGAAGGUCUUUAACUUCUUGAGCGCCCUUGGUAGUGUAGCUUUUGCCUAUGCUGGGCAUAAUGUGGUUCUAGAGAUCCAGGCAACAAUUCCUUCUACACCUGAAAGGCCUUCAAAGAAGCCUAUGUGGAGGGGUGUGCUAGUCGCCUAUAUCAUUGUUGCCAUUUGUUACUUCCCUGUUGCACUUGUUGGGUUCUAUAUCUUUGGCAAUAGUGUGGAUGGCAACAUUCUUAUCUCACUAGACAAACCCAAGUGGUUGAUUGCUAUGGCUAACAUGUUUGUUGUCAUCCAUGUUAUUGGGAGUUAUCAGAUUUAUGCAAUUCCAGUGUUUGACAUGAUGGAAACUGUGUUGGUGAAGAAGUUGCAUUUCACUCCUUGCUUUAGGCUUCGCUUCUUUACAAGGACAACAUAUGUUGCACUUACCAUGUUCGCUGGUAUGACCUUCCCAUUCUUUGAUGGGCUACUUGGGUUCUUCGGAGGCUUUGCUUUUGCACCUACAACAUACUUUCUCCCUUGCAUCAUGUGGCUUGCCAUCUACAAGCCAAGAAUAUUCAGCUUAUCUUGGUGUACAAAUUGGAUCUGCAUCAUACUGGGACUUUUGUUGAUGAUUCUAGCACCCAUUGGUGGACUUAGAUCAAUUAUCAUUGAUGCCAAGAACUACCACUUCUACUCAUAGAUCUUCACCCGAGGGAGGUUAUUUAAAAAGGAACCGACGAAGAAGAAGAUGAUGAUGAUGAUGAUGCCAGUGAUGAAAAGGCCUCACCUGGCUGAGCAACGUUAGUUUUUCAGUGAAACAGACCACUUUGGUUAAUUUGUGGAGUUUGGGUACAUUGGCUCCUCUGUUAAGGAGGGUUAGCAUACCCAUGCAACGAAUUGAAUUGGGAGGAUAAAUCAUUGGAUGAGCCUAUUUUCCAUUUGUUGUUUCAGUGUCUACAUUAUUUGAGUGACUGGUUCUAGCAUUUGUGUUAUUACUUGUGGGUUUGAAUUCUUGAUAUGUCAAAAAGCGGAUGUAAAUGAUAUUUUGUUUCUCUUUGCAACUCUGUCUUGUAUUAGUUUCAAACAAAUAUGGAAUGUCAAAGGGCUUUCUUGUUCCUUUUCAC